UGCUCUUUCGUGUCGAACCAUUUUGCAGUAGAUUUUUCAUUCGCGCUUGUGAUCGGUACGGGAUGUAAAUUCGGUGUGUAGAUGCGUGGAAUACUGCCGAAUGACGACUGAAUCAAGCUGGACACAGGAUUAGAGAGAUCUCAGCUAUAACGAGGAGCAGACGAAGAAGAUGCGUGAGGUGUACGGUGAGAGGUUAGGACGAGGUGUAGUUUCCACGAGCCCGGAUGACUCGGGAGAUCUUGCAGUUUUAAGGAAGCAGCAAGCAGAACGCUUCAAAUGGCGACGAUCCAGGGAAAGAUAAGAUUCCCGUGCGCUGCUUCUGUAAAAGGAGGACACGCGACGGCGUCGCGAUGUAAGGGCGCGAUUUAGGAGCUCGAAUCGCCCCGAAUCAACUGACCGAUGAGAGACCUCAGAGAGUUCUGAUCGAUCUUCCCGAUCGACAUUGCUUCCCGCGAGAUUGGGGGGAUUUUAGAAGAUAAGGAUCGAUAACAAUGACCGGAAAUAUUUUCGUCCGAAGGGCCGUCAAGAACAGGGUGCCUAUUCUGAAAUGGUUGCCGCGUUACAAAGUGGAAGACGCAUUGGGUGACCUCGUUGCGGGUCUCACUGUGGGACUGACCUUGAUACCUCAAGCGAUCGCUUACGCCGGAUUGGCGGGCUUGGACCCGCAGUAUGGACUGUACAGCGCGUUCGCCGGAAGUUUCGUCUACAUUGUCUUCGGGACGUGUCGGGAGGUCAACAUCGGCCCGACCGCGCUCAUAUCUUUGCUGACAUGGACGUACGCGAGGGGAAUUCCCGAGUACGCGGCCUUGCUGUGCUUCUUGUCGGGAUGCGUGACGAUCUUGCUUGGUAUCCUGCGCUUGGGAUUCCUCGUGGAGUUCGUGUCGGUACCGGUGGUGUCCGGGUUCACGUCGGCCGCGAGUCUCAUCAUCGCCUGCAGCCAGAUCAAGAGCCUGCUGGGCUUGAGCAUCCACGGCGAGAGCUUCGUCGACAUAUGGCGCGAACUGGCCAGCAACAUCACCGACACCAGAAUACCGGAUUUGAUCUUGUCUUGUUGUUGUAUUCUGAUUCUGUUGCUUCUCAAGCAUCUGAAAGAUAAAAGAGUCGCCGGUGUCAAGCUGAAGAGGUUUCUCUGGAUGAUCGGCACGGCCAGGAACGCGCUCGUGGUCAUCCUCUGCGCGGUCGCGUCCUACAUCUUCGAGACGCACGGCGGUGCGCCGUUCAUUCUUACGGGCCACAUCGACGCCGGCCUUCCGAGCGUCGAGCCACCUCCGUUCUGGCGGACGACUGGCAAUCAGACCGAGAACUUCAUCGACAUGGCCAAGAACUUGAAGACCGGCAUCUUGGUGGUGCCGCUGAUCUCGAUCAUCGGGAACGUUGCCAUCGCGAAAGCCUUUUCGCGAGGCAUGCCCUUGGACGCCACGCAGGAGAUGCUGACCCUCGGCCUCUGUAACGUAGUGGGCUCGUUCUUCCACUCAAUGCCCGUCACCGGCUCCUUCUCCAGGAGCGCGGUGAACAACGCUUCCGGUGUGCGGACUCCCUUCGGCGGCGUGUACACAGGUGCUCUAGUCGUACUCGCGCUAAGUUUACUGACCCCGUAUUUUUAUUACAUCCCGAAGGCGACGCUCAGCUCCGUCAUAAUCAGCGCGGUGAUAUUCAUGGUGGAGGUCGGUAUGGUAAUUCCGCUCUGGAAGUGCAAUAAACGUGAUCUAAUUCCGGCGUUCGCCACAUUCCUCGCAUGCCUGUUCGCUGGUGUCGAACUGGGAAUAGUGAUAGGUGCGAUGAUCGAUCUCGCUAUACUGAUAUACCUCAAUGCACGACCGGCAAUAUAUAUCGAAUACAGAAACACUGCGACAGCGAACUACGUCCUGGUACGUCCUAGCGCCGGACUUCUGUUCCCGGCGGUGGACUACUUGAGAAUGUACCUGACGGAAGUGUUGUUGAAGAAGUAUCAGAGCUCCUUGAAAAAUCCCAAACCCUUCACGAACGUCGUGCUGGACUGCGAGCACAUCGACAAGAUAGACUUCACCGCCGCGCAGGGUAUUAACAUGGCUAUGAAAGACUUCAACGAUAACAAUCGCCAGUUAAUAAUGCUGCGUCCGAAUGCCGACGUGUUGAAAAGCGUACAAUCGAUGUCGAGCGAGCCGAUCUUAACGGCAAAAAGCGACGUCGAUCUGAUCGCCAUUUUAAAUGAUUUAAAGGAUUCGAAGCGACUCGGUCGAGACUCGAAGAGCCUCGUCGAGGUGAACGCUCUAGAUUGCAAGAUCGUCCCUGACGCUACGGAUGAGUUUACCACCACUAAAUUAUGACAUGUCUUAAGUUCAAGCAAACCUAUAAUAUAACAGCUUUAGACAUAAUCCCAGAAGUUUGUUGUAUUUAUUUUCAUAAAAAUCUUCAAUCGACAAGAAUCAACACUGUAUCAUCCUCGUUAACGAUACAUUCUAUAAACAAAAAAAUACGAGGUAGAAAAAU